AUGAAUUCUGUGGCUCUUGAUGAUAUAAUCAACCGAUUGCUUGAAGUUAGAGGCAGACCAGGGAAGCAAGUGCAGCUUUCGGAGUCUGAGAUCAAGCAACUUUGUUUACAGUCCAGAGAAAUCUUCUUGCAACAGCCUAAUCUUUUGGAGCUUGAAGCACCCGUCAAGAUUUCUGGAGAUAUUCAUGGUCAGUAUUCUGAUUUGCUGAGGCUUUUUGAAUAUGGCGGGUUUCCUCCUGAUUCCAAUUAUUUAUUCUUGGGGGAUUAUGUAGAUCGUGGGAAGCAAGGUCUGGAAACGAUAUGCCUUCUCCUUGCAUAUAAGAUAAAAUAUCCUGGAAACUUUUUCCUUCUGAGGGGCAAUCAUGAAUGUGCUUCUGUUAACCGUAUAUAUGGAUUUUAUGAUGAGUGUAAGCGAAGAUUUAAUGUUAGACUGUGGAGAGUAUUCACUGAUUGUUUUAAUUGCCUGCCUGUGGCGGCGCUGAUUGAUGAAAAGAUACUCUGUAUGCAUGGGGGACUUUCUCCUGAUCUGCAUAAUUUGGAUCAGAUAAGAAAUCUGCCACGUCCAACUGAUGUUCCGGAAACUGGUUUACUUUGUGAUCUACUAUGGUCAGAUCCUAGUAAAGAUGUUAAAGAGUGGGGAAUGAAUGAUAGGGGAGUCUCCUAUACAUUUGGAGCUGAUAAGGUGACAGAGUUUCUUCAGAAGCAUGAUCUUGACCUUAUUUGCCGUGCCCACCAGGUUGUGGAAAAUGGAUAUGAUUUUUUUGCUGAUAGGCAGCUUGUAACUAUAUUUUCAGCUCCAAAUUACUGUGGAGAGUUUGACAAUGCCGGUGCCUUGAUGAGUGUGGAUGAGACUUUGAUGUGCUCUUUCCAAAUAAUAAAGCCCGCAGAAAAGAAGCCGAAGUUUGGCUUUGGGAGCACAACUACUAGAAAAACCAAGGAUAAAUUUCUUCAUGUGGUCAACAUAUCUACGGAAAAUGAGAUGCUUCAUCGUGGUGUUCACAGCAAAAGGGUGGAUAUCGGAGAAACCAGAGUCUUGCUAUACGAAAAUAUUGUUGGAUCUUCAAAACCUCCCAAUCUUGCUGAUCCAAUUUCUAUAGUUCCAUUUCAAGAUUGUCCAUUCAGACGAAACUGCUCUACUUCCAUGUACACUCCACUUUCCAUAAGCAAGCUCAAGCUUCUCUACGUCAAUGCUCACUCCUCACAGUUCUUCGGAAUUUUGAAUAAUCUUCAACAUCGAUUUACUCCCAGCAAGACAGAUCAAUAA